AUGUUCGCAGCAGCUACUAAGAAUUUUGUGAAGCAGGUAGGAGACACCGGGCGUCUGAUUCCCGUCCCGAGCCUGAGCGAGGCCGACCGAUAUCAACCUCUCAGCCUGGUGACCAGGAAGAGGAGGAGGCAUUUCUGGAAGAAGAACAAAUAUGGCUCAACACCUUUCUCGCUCAAGGACAUACUGGUGGGAGAAAAGGAGAUCACUGCAGGAGUGUCCUCUUACCAGCUUCUCAACUAUGAAGACAAGUCAGACGUGUCUCUAAACGGCCGCUUGGGCAACCACCUGAUACAUGAAGUGGGCGUCAACAUCAGCGGCUCGGACUCCGUGGCGGUCAAAGCGUCGUUUGGGGUUGUGACCAAACAUGAGGUGGAGGUUCCGACCUUACUACGGGAGCUGAACUCGAGGAAAGUUGAUCUGGAUCACUGUCUGAUCCGUCAGUCUAAAGACAGCGGGCGGACAGUACUGUGUGUCGUCAUGGAGAGCAUUCGGACCACGCGGCAGUGUUCUCUCACCGUCCAUGCUGGCGUACACGGCGCUACCAUGCGGUUUCAGAUAGACGACAUCCAUAAUCCCAAAGGCCGUGACAAAGCCAUCGUAAUUCCUGCCCACACCACCAUAGCCUUCAGCAUAUUUGAUAUUUACGUGCGACUGGAUGGACGUCUCGAUAUCUGUGUAGCACCAGGGUCAGCUGGAGGCUUUGAGAGAGAGCAGAUGCGCGAGCAGAUCGGAGGAUUCAUGGGCAGGUUCUCGGUUGGCAGGCUGCGAAGGUUCUUCUCGGGAAUCAUUUAUGGGAACCCUUUCAGAGCAGAUGACAGAACGUUCGAGGAGCUCACGCACUCGGACCUGUACCUGGACGACGUGGCGGAUUACUACGAGAAGGCGGCCAGCAUGACUGACCUGUCCUCGUCGUACAUGCGCGAGGACAAGCACACUCGAGUCAACCUGCUCAACCAUAACGUCCCCAAAGGCCUGUGUGCGCUCUGCAGCAAGUCCCACCAGCGCCGAGAGACCGUCUACGGCUGCCUCGAGUGCUCCUCUGGUGGGCAGAAGUACGUGCGCUUACACGCCGUGCCAUGCUUCGACCUCUGGCACAAAAGCUUACGGUGAGGACUGCUGAAGGAUUACAAAGACUGGACGGUCUUUUAUAUUUAGAGAAGGUCUAGGAUUAGUACAACACCAGGCAUCUGGUUCAUGAAAAUUCCAUGUGUGUCUUGAGUUUAAAGUUGUUUAGCACUUUUAACAAGCUUUGCAGAAAUCCGGGAUCCCUAAUGAACAAGGCAGAGAUGACGGGAAACAAGUUCCUUGAGGGAAACCUGGAGAGGAAUCAGAGUCAACGAUGGAGCCUGUCAUCUUCUGGGUGACAUCAGAUAUAAAUCAGUACUGUACAAAACAGGACAGUUUUUAUGAUUACUCAACUUGGAUAUACACUGGAUUUAAGGAUGUUCAAAAUCUUUAGGGUGUACAUAUGGGUAUGUUCAGUAUUAAAUCUAGAUCAGGGCUAGACUUCAGCAUGUCAAACACAUCCUCACUAAACUGCCAUGUAUAAGAGUCUGCUCUUCAUCUUCAGGGAUGAAGAAUAUUAUUUUUGAACUUGUUACUAGAACAUUGGUGCUCAUCAUAUUGUUUACACACCAGUCCAGAUCUUUCUCAGAUAUCGAAUGUGGGACAGUAGAUCCUCUUACACUCCCAUGAGCACCAGCUGCUGGUGUCUCCAUCACACACACACACAGCUGCGUGAAUAAUUAAGAGAUGGGGAUAAAUUAACCAGUGGAUCAUGUGGAAGUGGGCAGUCUUAUUGCAGGUGAGAACUGGGUCAUGUUUUUGUUUCCACUCUGAAUUCAGGGCAGGUUCAGCCCUUAGUGAAAGCCCAAGCAGGGAAAAGUUACUAAAGUUAGCAUUGCAGACCAGAUACCUAAAUCAAGAAGAACUUUCUGGAACCAACAUGGUGUCUGUCUAGAUCCAUAUUUGUAGUGAAAUUGCCGUGGGAUAAUUGUAGGAUCGAACCAUAUCAAGACGACCUGUUGUAGAAAAAUAAGGAGCUUCGUUGUUGAUUAUUUUCCUACAACAGCAUGACACUGCACGAGUGUCUUAUUCCUUUUCAAAACACUUUACCAGUGUGGCCUCUAGAGAUAUCAUCAGAUUUGCAUAAAUGUACAAUUUUCCUUGUGUCAGAUGUUUUUAUUUUUUGCUUUGCUUUCACCGGAAGACACUGCAAUCCCAUCAUCAUUCACACCUUCUCUCCGCAUGCUUAACAUCAUCCUCAGAUAGUUUUCAUUUCCUUUUCCAGUUUGUGUGUGUGUGUGUGUGUGUGUGUGUGUGUUGUGCUGGAAUUCUCUGGUAGUUGAAAGGAAUGCAGUGUCUUGAGCCUGAAAUUGUGUUUACUGUAAUUCAGGGGAGUUUGUG